AUGUCUGGAAACGCUCGUAAACCACCGUCAUUCGACGAGACGCCCGGCUUUGCCUGGGUCGAGCAGGCGGUCAAGAAUGGUAUCUGGGACGUAUUGGAGAAAUGUGCCGAAAGGAUCAAUGAAGCCAAGGAACUGGAGGCUGACAUGCUCGAGCUCACGAUGACCCUCAACGCCGAGAAGGAGAAGAUUGAUCUCUUGAAAUACGAGAACGACAAGCUGAAGCGCGAGCUGGAGGCGCUGAAGAGCGACUCCAAGAAAGAAAAUUACGAGCUGAAGCACGAGGAGAAUCUGCUACAAAUGGUGGACGAGUUGGAGAAGGAAAACGAAGAGGUGCGCAGCAUCCUUGUCAGCAAGGAAAAAGCCGAGCGCUUGGCAGAGCCGACCCCAUCGCUCCUCACCGAACUGAACCCCGACUUCUACGAGGACACGAAGGUCGUCGACAAGAUGCUCGACCGCAAUAAGCAA